UUCACAGUUGAUACUCACUUUUUAAAUUGAUAAGUUUAACUGAAUUUUAAUUAAAAACAUCUGGUUCAUUGUACAUUUUCGACUAGAUGUCUUAUAAUUGGUGAACAGCAACCGCCGUUUCGUGAAAUUUCCCACAAUUUUGGCACGGUUCCAUAAACUUGUUGUAUUUAAUGAAACUCCAGCUACAUACUAUAACCUAAAUCAGACGCCGGUAUGGAGGAUAAAAGUGAAAUAUUUUCGCAAAGACUAAUUCGGGCGGUUUUGUGGGAUAUUGGCUUGCAAUCAUUUCUUGCCAUUGUUUUAGUGUUUAUAAUACAGAUUGACUUAAUUCAUCCACUGUCAUGGAUAGCAUCGACAUUUCAAGAUAUAAUAAGUUGGAGGAUGGGACUUAACGUUAUUCUACUCGGUUUGGUGUCAUUUUUUCAAGCAUUUAUCUAUGGCAAAUAUUACACCACCCCUGUGCCGAAGUAUUUUACUAGGUUUUCAAUGUUUUUAAAUAUUUUCACUUUGCAAAAUCUUGUAUUCACACUGUUAUAUGCAUUGAAUGGAUACUUUACUAUGAGUUUAUAUUCAUCACUAGCCAAAAGUAACUACAAUGUACUGAAGAAGAUUUGUGAAAAAAGUGAUGGCCAGUGUCUAAAUGAGCAAAGUUUGUUCUUGCAGUUGGGUGGAAUGUGGAUGGGUUUAUACUACUUCCUCAGUGCACACAUUUUUAACAAGACUGUUUUGACAUUCCCACACAUAUAUCAGGACAAGUUUCAACAGGUGAAGUUAGUUAUAAGUAAUGUUGUUUCAAAGGGAUUCCAAAAUUCCAUCAAGCCAGUUGCUUAUUACUGUGUAUUUUAUUAUUUAUGGGGAAAUAAGCCAAGAUCUGUUGUCUCUGAAGUGUACAGUGUUUAUUUAGAGGAUGCUCCAUUGGAUAAUAUAAUAAAUAUGCUGAGUUCUGGUAUCUGGAUUGGCCUUUGGUUUUAUGCCAGCCUCUUCUUUGUGUCUGUUAAUACAAUGAGAACAGUAUUCAAUAUAGUUUUAACAGAACCUAUGAAAUUUCCAAUUGAAUCUGAGAAAAGCUUGACGCUAUGUGGAGCAUUAUCACAAAGGUCACAGUUUACUGCAUUUCUGGGUGCACAAGACUUAAGAAUUUUAGCCAUGACUGAUCCUGCACGAAGGUCUCAAAUUUUUACCUUAUCUCAACCAGGUGGCCACCCUAGGAAUUGGAAUAAUUUAUUGGAAAAUUGUUUAACCAUAAUCAAAGCUUUUAAUAAGGAAUUGGAAAGCAUUAAUGGUGAAAACAGUAUAACCGGAGUAAACGAUCUGAGUAUCAAGAAACCAGCAAAUGUAUCUCCUAUAUCAUCACCGUAUGGAUUUUCUGGAACUUUACGUAACAUGGCACAGUCUCCACAAGCAAUGGAUAUUAAAAGUCUGAACAGAGAUAAAAAUGAGGAUACAUUUGCAACUGCCGUAAAAGAUGAGUUUAAUAAAUUCCUUCAGAAGCUAUGUCAAAAGCCAGGUAUUCAUUAUUUCUUUGGAGAAUUAAUUGACACAAAAUUGAAGUUCAUCUUGUUGCAAGCACCUCCUGUAAUGUGGACAUGUGAGGGCUUAGCCCAUAUUGUUGCUCUUUCUUUGAAAGAAGACAUGUAUGGAGUUGUGCAGAAUGAUUUACCAGUUGUUUUGUCGGCUCUAAUCACUCUUAAACAAAGCCUUGACAAGUUGUCAAAGCCUGGGCUAGUUCCAAGAAAACAGAUACUCAACGAUAAUUUAGCUAUAAGGACAAAGGCAGCUGUGCUAUCUUCAGUUAAACGCAGCAUUUAUAAAAUUGUCAUCACAUUUUCUAAAUACAUCCAUGAUAUACCUUUAGAUCAUGAUGUUCAAGUUGCUAUUCAACCAUUUUUAGCUUGUAAAGAAGCAUAAUUAUUGUGAUUUUAUUGUAAGAUUAAUAAUAAAUUAAAUUAUUUUUGAUACCAAAA